CUGAGGGGCACCGGCAGGGUUGUGUGAUGGAGUCCAGGGCUGGAGCAAUAGGGAGACCAGCAGGCCAGGACUGGGGGCUGUUGGGGGAGCUGGAAGGACGUUCGCAGGGUCCCUGCUGCGCAUGACGCCAUUGUUGGGUUGCUGAGCGGUCCCAUCCAUCCCAUUGCUGCAGUGUAGCCUUCAGCUGGUCUCUCCCACUCCUUCCCUGGGUCUGUCCUGGUCCCCAGAGCUGGUCCAUCCUGCAGCCGGCAGGAUGGCGUUCCUGGGAGGGAGGGCAUCUCUGCGACCCCGGGGCUGCACAGCCGCACUGCAGCCAGUGCCUCGUACGUAGCGCACAGGCCGGCCGCCUGAGACAGAUUCAUCAGCGCACGACAGGAACGGCCUGACCUGUCGGCGUUGGUUGUCUCCUCGGAGCGCCCGCCCCCACAGUCAGGAGUGCGGAUCCGACCUCUCCGGUUGGAAUCUGCUUGUCAGCCAGGUGCAGCCCAGACCGCUCUGCCCUCGGCACACCCAUCCUGGCUCAGCGGUGGUACCCGUUCCCCAGCAGGAAAUCCUUCCCAAGGCAGACGGGGGGGUGUGGGAGAAAGCCAAAGGGAUCCAGCUAGAUCCCUCGAGGCCACGGGGUGGCCUCUCCCCGCUCACGGAGGAUACGCUGUGACAUUAGCGCAUCCUUAGUGGCAAGACGCAUUGUGCACCCCUGAGGCUGCAUUUCUCAAUUAAGACUUAAAAUAUGCUGGUGGCCAAAGAGGAGCAUGGCUCUGUUGUGGGGUGUGUGUGUGUGUGUGUGUGUGUGUGUGUACACCUCCUGCCCCAGGGACCUUCCAGGCUCAGAAAGCAAGUGAUAGAAAUAUACAGGAAGCCAGUGCCCUCUGUCCCCCUGCCCAUCCAGCUGUUGCUGAUUGGUUGGUGUCUCCGUAAGCAUUACAACAGGAGCGACAGAUGGCCUUACCGCUCAGUCCAGGGGGAACGGAUUGUGGAUGAAGAUGUGUGCGUAUUUAAGUGUUCCGUGUCCAGGGAGACGGAAUGCAGCCGCGUGGGCAAACAGUCCUUCAUCAUCACGCUGGGGUGUAAUAGUGUCCUUAUGCAGUUUGCAACACCGACUGAUUUCUGUUCCUUUUAUAAUAUCCUGAAAAACUGCCGGGGUCACAACAUAGAGCGGUCAGUGUUCAGCGAGCGGACGGAGGAGUCUUCCGCAGUGCAGUACUUCCAGUUCUACGGCUACCUGUCCCAGCAACAGAACAUGAUGCAGGACUACGUCCGGACGGGCACAUACCAGCGGGCCAUCCUGCAGAACCACAGUGACUUCAAAGACAAGAUCGUCCUGGACGUCGGCUGCGGCUCCGGCAUCCUCUCGUUCUUUGCCGCACAGGCUGGGGCGAGAAAAAUCUAUGCAGUAGAAGCCAGCACGAUGGCCCAGCAGGCGGAGGUUUUAGUGAAAAGCAACAACCUCACGGAUAGGAUCGUGGUCAUCCCCGGCAAGGUGGAGGAAAUCUCGCUUCCCGAACAGGUGGACAUAAUUAUCUCGGAGCCUAUGGGGUAUAUGCUCUUCAACGAACGCAUGCUGGAAAGCUACCUGCAUGCCAAGAAGUACUUAAAGCCCAGUGGUAACAUGUUCCCCACGAUCGGCGACGUGCACCUGGCCCCGUUCACAGACGAGCAGCUCUACAUGGAGCAGUUUACAAAGGCCAAUUUCUGGUACCAACCGUCCUUUCAUGGUGUGGACUUGUCGGCGCUUAGAGGAGCCGCGGUAGAUGAGUAUUUUAGACAGCCUGUUGUGGACACCUUUGAUAUCAGGAUUUUAAUGGCGAAGUCCGUUAAAUAUACAGUCAACUUCUUAGAAGCCAAAGAAGGCGAUUUGCACAGGAUAGAAAUCCCAUUCAAGUUCCACAUGUUGCAUUCAGGUCUAGUCCAUGGCUUGGCUUUCUGGUUUGAUGUAGCCUUCAUUGGUUCAAUGAUGACAGUGUGGCUCUCGACGGCUCCCACCGAGCCGCUGACCCACUGGUACCAGGUCCGGUGUCUGUUUCAGUCUCCACUUUUCGCCAAAGCCGGGGACACGCUCUCAGGGACGUGUCUGCUCAUCGCCAACAAGCGACAAAGCUACGACAUAAGUAUUGUCGCCCAGGUGGAUCAGACGGGUUCCAAGUCCAGCAACCUCCUCGACUUGAAAAACCCCUUCUUCAGGUACACAGGCACGACUCCUUCCCCCCCGCCGGGCUCCCACUACACAUCUCCAUCAGAGAACAUGUGGAACACGGGUGGCGCCUACAACAUGAGCACGGGGAUGGGCGUGGCCGGGAUGCCCACGGCCUACGACCUCAGCAGUGUUAUUACCGGUGGCUCCAAUGUCAGCCACAACAACUUGAUUCCUCUAGCGGCCAGCGCGGGGAUUGUCAAUCACACGCACUCCAGGAUGGGCUCCAUCAUGAGCACCGGCAUCGUCCCAGGCUCCUCCGGCAGCCAGAGUGGAGGCGGCUCGAGCGCUCACUACCCGGUCAACAGCCAGUUCACCAUGGGGGGCCCCGCCAUCUCCAUGGCCUCCCCCAUGUCCAUCACCACCAACACAAUGCAUUACGGGAGCUAAAACCCCUCCGCCCCGUCUCUGAACUGACAGCGCCAGGAAACCAAAUGAAGAUGACCCUUCCCCCUCUCCCCCUGUGACAAACUGUUCCCACCCCCCCCGCCAGCUGGCUUGCUGGGGCCAUUUUUACCGGCCCAUAAGCCCAACCCACCCAUCAGCUCCUCUGCUCUUUGAUAUCGGACUUGGACAGUUUUUUAUGAAAUGUCAAACCUCAGAUUCUCCGCCCGUGUCGAGCCCCCAGUGCUAGCUGUCCCCUGCCACCCGAUCAUGUAGUGAAGUCCUUUUAGUUCACCAUCUUCCAUGCUAGCCGGGGCUGUGCUGCUCGGCGGUGCCAUGGCCCUGGCUGGGCGUUUCACAGAGAUGGCCGCGGCAGUGCCCGGUGUCCAGGAUUCCUCCCUAGCUGCAGCUCUGGGGCUUUCAGGCCUGGCCCCUGGUCUCCCCUCGCUCCCUGCUGGUGCAGGGCACCUGGGCUGGGCAGUUGUUUGGCCAGGCAGCCGGCAGCAAGGCUGUCGGAGUAGCCCAAUGGAGCCCCUGCCCCCAGCAACUGCAGCAAAUCCCGUGCCUCAUUGGGGAGGGUUUUUUAUCAUCCCAGCCCUAGUCUCUGCUGAUGCCUGAGGCGGUGGCCUGGCUGCUCAUCAAGGCAGCUGUGACCAGCAGGCCUGGUACCUGCCUCCAGGGAAAUGCUGGUGUGGCAAGAGAGCAUUCAACAAAACUUAAAUGUCCCCAAAACUGUGCCAUGGGGACCAGCAGUGCCAGGGUCUGCUGCCAGCUCCACGUCCCCUCUGAGCAGGUGGCUGGAGCCUGCUAGAUCACCCUGCCCCCUCCUCUUGGCAGAGCAGAGCCAGCCUUGCCCAUGGCCCUGGUGCCAGCUGCCGGGGCCUGGAGUUAAGGAGCUGUGGCCUCUGCUGGGAAAGCCCCCUGUAGCCCCCCAGGACAGUGCAGUCCAGUAGUAUAACCGCCACCCAGGUAGAGUGCAGAUGGUUUUUGUUUUGUUUCCUUUCCAAGAGCCCCCCGUGGUGAUUUUCGAAAGGAUUUUGCAGGGACCCCUCUGGAGAAAAUGAAAUAAAGGAAUUAUGUGUUUCA